UUAACAACCUCUCUAUCAUUUUGGUUCUCAAAUAUAUCUCAUUUGGAUUCUUUCUUCUAAUCCCUUUUUUUAAGCUCCCCCUUCCAUUUUCAGUUAUAUUAUACCCUUUUCUCUGAUCUCUCUUAUUUUGCUUCUUUUCCUUGUUUUGCAUUCAAACAAAAAGAAAAGAAAAGAAAGAACCAUUAUGAACCAUCACAGCCUUGGCCUUUUUUCCUGAGAGAUAAUAAUUAAUAUCUAUUCAAUCUUAAAUGACUCACCAACUCAUCGUCCAUUCUCAGCCGGCGCAACGCCGUCAGCAGCGGCGCGUCGGCGAGAUGGCCGGCGUAACCGCGGCUGAAUGCGCCGCCGUGUGCUGCUGCUGCCCCUGCGCGGUUCUCCACUUCGUGGUGCUGGCGGUGUACACCUUGCCGGCGGGGCUGUUCAGGAAGGCGGUGCACCGGAGGCGACGUCGUUUAUUGACGAAGGAGAAGAAAGAAAACGACAACGACGUCGUUUUGUUGCAGAGGUCCAGCAGCGCUUCCGGGACGGACAACAUUGUGGUGGGUCCGACGCUGCUGGAGGAUAACCUGGCGAAGGAUCCGCCGCCUGCGGUGGAGGAGAAGGCGGAGGCCGUUGCGUUGGAGAAGAAGAUGUGGGCCCGGUUCGCGGGAACCGGGUUCUGGAGGAGUCAAUCUCAGCGCGAACCGUAACGGUAAACCGGUGGAACGGGACCGUUUUGUUGUUAUUUACGUUAAGAUAAAGAGAAUCGAAUUGGCGUCGUAAUCCGAAGGGCUUCGGCGAGGUUGUAAGACACGUGUUCGAAUUCGGUUCGUGGAAAUCAUGAAUUCGGGAAAAGCUAGGUUCGUGUGAUUUGGAAAAAAAACCCCAAAUGUGACAAUGACAUGUUCGUGUUCGUGGGUACAUUUAUAGCAAACUCUUUUUUUUUUUUUUUUUUUGGAAAUAAUUUAUAGCAAACUUUUGGAA